AUGGAUAUUACGGAUGUGGACUUCUUCACUCAUGUGAGUGGUCUUCGGAGUGGGGGGGUCCUAGACAUAUAUUCCAAGGGAUGGUUUGAGUGUCACAAGAGCCUAGUCUCAAUCAACCUCUACCUCCACUGCAACAGUGACAUGAUGGACACCAUCGGGGACGAACGGGUGGACGCCCUCGUGGGGCAGUUUGAAACACUGCUUAGGGAAUUAAUCACCACCUACUUUGUUCGAUUUCUCCACUCGGAAGAACUAACAAAAUGUAGUAAAGACAAAUUAUUGCCACAGAAAGUUGGGGAAAGCGAACUGCACAGUGCCAGCGGAGGUGUAAAAAACGGGGAUGACGCAACUGCGCAGAAUCGCAUCUCCAGUUACAUAUCGCUGUACCACGAAGUGACAUUACUAAACAUCUUCGAGAGGAUUCUAUGCACAGAUCACGCAUAUGACAAGAUAGACAGCCAAAUGAUAAACCUCUUUGCGUACAUUUACUCCAAUUUGGUGUCCUUCCUCAAGAGCAAUUCGGAGGAGUACUUUGUCAAGCCCAUAAGCGAGAUGUCCAUAGACGAGAUGCUGAGGGAAGAAAACGACAAGUCACAAAGCAUAGACCGGCUGAAAAUUUACAUCAGCGUUAUCAACGCCCUGAGGAAUAUAACGGACAGAAUUCAUUUGCUAAACAACACAGUCAUCAACAAGAUCGUGGACUACGACAUUUUGCUAAUUCUAAUUCCCCUCCUGGAGAAGAGACCGUGGGCAUACGACAACUACGUGUUUGAAGGGAAUGAGUGGGUUAAACGGGAAGGCAGCACCUUAUGUACGAUUGAGAAACAGCUGUGGCUGAUACUUUACUCCCUGAUAUUGACAAGAAACUGCCAAGAAAAGUACGAAAUGACCAACUAUAGGAGGAACAACAUUUUGAAGCUCCGGAAGUACAUGAACGACACCUUGCACGAGCAGCUGCCCCCCAUGAAGACCCUGCACACCUUCAUCGAGCACCUGUACAUCUCCAAGAGCAUCUUCCCGGAGAACAAGAACUCCUACCUGAUCAUAGACAUGGUGCCGGAAAUCUUUGAGGAAAUCAAAGAAGACGUGCUGAAGAACAAAAGGAAAUUAGAGUCCCUGCUGAGUACCGUCACCAUCGAGAGGGACCUUCUGGGCAGCAUAUCCGACAUGUACCUCUCGGUGUAUGAAUUUGACCAGCAGGCUGGGAAGGGCGCAAAGAAGGACACCCAGGGCGGUCCCCAAUCGAGUGACAAAAAGGGCGCCGACUACAAAGGGGGAGAAGCAUCAGCCGAGGGUGAAGAAAAGGAAGAGUCUUUCCUCUGUGAUAGCUGCAAAGAGAUUGCCGAACUACAAUGCUCGCAGUGCAAACGGGCGUACUACUGCUCGAAGGAAUGCCAGAUGAAGGAUUGGUUUCACCACAGAGAGGUCUGCUCAUACGUGACAUAA